AACAUUAAGCACUGAUUGUAAGUUCCUGGAGAUUCCCAGGGCUGGCUGCAGUUUGUUGACAGAAACCACUGGGUGCCAGAGAUACAGUAGUUCAAGUUUCGUGUGGUAUAGAAAUGAUUCCUUUUUUAUUUUUAUUUUUUACUGGGAUAAGUAUAUACUACAUUGCUUAAUCGUGCUUAAAAAAACAACUAGACACCUUUUCAAGUUACCGUUCACUAAAUUAAGUGGUGGUUAAAAUAUAGUGCUAUUUUUUUCUAAAAAAUGUGGAGCGCUCUCUAAACCUGUCGGCAAGUUGUGUAAGUGACUGCUUGAGGCUUAAAGAGCUCUUAUCUACGGAGUUUCUUAUCGAGUGGCAGGACUCACCUUUAUUGACGGAAGAUAACAUUCCUAACAGAGAAGGAGUUGACUGACUUGUAUCAGAGGCAGAUAUUCCACCAUGGAUUUGGCAAUAGAUGAUAACAAGAGCAUUGGAAGAUGGCAUGGCAGUCCAUUUCAACUUGUCCAGUGGCUGUUUGGAUUGCUGCUUCUGAUCUUUCCGCAUGUCGACACCUUGAAGCAGAACAUACCAAGACUCAAGCUGUCAUAUAAAGAACUGCAGUUCUCAAACAGUUGCAUGCCGUUCUUGGGCUCAGUUGACGGGCUUAAUUUCCAAACCCUGCUGCUGGAUGAGGAAAGGGGACUCCUUCUGCUGGGAGCCAAAGACCACAUCUUUCUGCUUGGUUUGGAUGAUUUAAACAAGAACCCGCGGAAGAUUCACUGGCCAGCCUCUAAAGAAGGAUUUGAACAAUGUAAACUAGCUGGGAAAAAUGUAUAUACAGAGUGUGCAAAUUUCAUCAGGGUUCUCCACAACUAUAACAAGACUCACGUGUAUGCCUGUGGCACAGGAGCCUUCCACCCUGUGUGUGGAUUUAUUGAAACUGGAGGCCGUGGCGAGGAAACCACAUUUCGUCUGAAUAAACAGAGUUUGGAAUCUGGUAGACUGAAAUGCCCCUUUGAUCCAUGGCAGCCAUUUGCUUCUGUUUUAACAGAUGAGUACCUGUAUGCUGGGACAGCAUCAGAUUUUCUUGGCAAGGAUACAGCGUUCACUCGUUCUCUGGGACCACCGCAUGAUCGACAUUACUUAAGAACUGAUAUUUCUGAACACUAUUGGAUAAAUGAGGCUAAGUUUAUUGCAGCUCAUCCUAUUCCAGACACCUACAAUCCUGAUGAUGAUAAGAUCUACUUCUUCUUUCGAGAAACUUCUAGAGAGAGCAGCGUCUUUGACAAAACUAUCUUUUCAAGAGUAGCUCGAGUGUGCAAGAAUGAUGUAGGAGGUCUGAGGAGCUUGACAAACAAGUGGACAACAUUUCUUAAAGCCAGACUGGUUUGCUCCAUUCCUGGGCCAGAUGGUGUGGAUACACAUUUCGAUGAAUUGCAGGACAUGUUCCUGCUUUCAACAAAAGAUGAAAGAAAUCCCAUUGUCUAUGGAGUGUUUACUACUACAAGUUCUAUAUUUAAAGGUUCUGCAGUCUGUGUGUACAGAAUGGCUGAUAUACGAGCUGUCUUCAAUGGUCCGUAUGCUCAUAAAGAAGGCCCAGACCAUCGAUGGGUAGAAUAUGAGGGGAAAAUACCCUACCCGCGUCCUGGAACUUGUCCAAGCAGAACCUAUGAUCCAUUGAUAAAGACAACUAAGGAUUUUCCUGAUGAUGUCAUCAGCUUCAUAAAAUACCAUCCUAUGAUGUAUCGGCCUGUCUAUCCCAUGACUGCAAAGCCUGUGUUCACUAGAAUAAAUGUGGACUACCAACUUACACAGAUUGUAGUAGAUCGUGUUGGGGCAGAAGAUGGACAGUAUGAUGUUAUGUUCUUAGGCACAGAUGUGGGUACUGUUUUAAAAGUUGUGAGCGUAACAAAGGAGAAUUGGGUAACAGAAGAGGUUGUGCUUGAAGAGCUGCAGGUGUUCAAGGUGCCUUCACCCAUUUUAAAUAUGGAAAUGUCUUCCAAACAGCAACAGUUAUUUAUCGGGUCCAGGGAUGGUCUUGCCCAGCUGUCCCUACACCGCUGUGACAUCUAUGGGAAGGUCUGUGCUGAGUGCUGUCUAGCAAGAGACCCCUACUGCGCGUGGGAUGGAUAUGCCUGUUCAAGAUACAUCCCAGCUUCAAAAAGAAGAGCAAGAAGACAAGAUAUAAAACACGGGGAUCCUUCAAGCCAGUGCUGGGAUCUGGAGGACAGUAUGAGCAAUGAACUUGCUGAAGAGAAGCUAAUAUUUGGUGUUGAAUACAACUCUACCUUCCUAGAAUGUGUUCCUAAAUCUCAGCAGGCAUAUACUAGAUGGUUUCUUCAGAGGUCUGAGGCUGACCAUCGGGAAGAGGUAAAGCCUGAUGAAAGAGUAAUGAAGACAGAGCUGGGCCUCCUGAUCCGAACGCUGCACAAAAAGGAUACGGGGACAUAUUACUGCACUGCCCAAGAGCACACCUUCACCCACACAGUCGUGAAACUCAAUUUGAAGGUCAUUGAGAAUGAGCAAAUGGAGAACACACCGAAGGCAGAAGAUGAAGAGGGACGUGCCAGAGAUAGUACACUGGAGUCCCGCAACAGAUAUAAAGAUUAUCUCCAGCUGCUAAGUAGCCCAACCUUCACUCUAGAUGACUACUGUGAGCAAAAGUGGCACCGUGAGAGAAGGCGGCAAAAGCACAGAGGGUCAGCUGGCAAAUGGAAACACAUGCAGGAGAUAAAGAAAAGCAGAAACAGAAGACACCACACUCGUCACCCAAGCCGCAAUCCUGAAGAUGCUGACACAUAAAUUAAUUUGCAUCUCAGGUAUUUUGUUAUCACCCAACAAGACCUUGUGUACAUUCCUAAAGAAGAACUUGGAUAUAUAGUUGAUAAAAUUGUAGUAUCAUAAAGCCACUUCAACUGGACAUCCAACUAAAGGGACCUUCAACCUUAAGAAUGUCUUUCAAGCUAAGGAACUAUUUUGUUCAACACAUCUGUACAUUAAAGGCUAACAUCUUGGUCUGUAUUCAUGCUAUGUAAUUGUAAAUAUUCACGCUUGUUCCAAGGGUAUGUGAGACCAAGCAUUCACAGGUGCUUUUUUGACUAAUAAUUGGAGCUCAACCAUAACCAAACGAUUGUUUUGUUGGUAUGAAACUUAUUUUAAUAUUGUUGUACAAAUUCAAGGUGAUAUUUUGCAGCUAGUGAAGGAAAGUAUUAACAUGCACAAGACAUUUUUAAAAUAAAAAUAAGUAAUUGGUUUGUAUAUCAUGUAGAUGUGUUUUUGUAUUUACUAUAUGACAAAUUAAAAACUGUUCAUUAUGUCCACCUUUUGACUGUACAUAAUGUAGAAGAUUCAGUUCAUUAGAAAAAGUAUUUUUAUGUAUACAUUUAAUUGGUGAUGCCUUCAAACAAUUGCAGUUUCAGUAUUGGUCUAAUCAAAUGCUGAAACCCACACAGCAGUCUUUUAAAACAGUGCAUUUCCAGUGUUCUUCAAAUGAAUUCACAAUUCAUUAUUUAUACAGGUAGUGUGGAUGUAUUUCAAGUCAGCAUUACGUUUGCAAUCUCAUAUUAUACAGUAUGCAUAGAUUUUAUAAAUUCCCAUUAUAACUUGGCAAAUCUCCAAAAAUGCUGUAUUUAAAAUAGUUUGGUGUUAGCUUAUAUUUAGAGAAAGUUGGCUGGUGAUUUCUGUUAGACUGGCCAUGCUUUAUUUUAAUGGGAUUUUCUUUUUUGUUUAUUACCAGUUAACAUUAAGCUUACUAACCAGUUUAUAAAUGUAGCUCAUUUCCUGUUACUAAAGUAACCACGUUAUAUAAUACAAAAAUGUAUAGUUUUAUAAAACCUGGUUUCAUUUGAAAAUAAUUACUACAGUUACAUCUUUAAAUGUACUUUUAAACAAAUUUGACCCAAUAUCAAUAACAUUAAUGACUUGAAGUUGAUAGUUUUAGAUAGUUUACUACUUAUACAAUAGACCCCCAUUAAUUCGUGCAGAUUGGGACCGAUUUGGGCCCGAAUUAGUGAAAAACACGGAUUAGCUGAAAUUGAGUUUACUGUUUGGGAAAUUCCUGCGCUAUUAAUUCAAAAAUUGAAAAAUGCAAUAAUACAAAUAAAAUAUAAUAUCCCAUCAAUGGUCAAAAUACAUACUGUACAUAAUCAGCGUUGUUCAGAGGUAGAGAGAGCUGGUUUAAAAAAGUCACUGAUCUUGAGUCUUUAAUUGUCGUAAGUGCUCUUCAUAUUCAGACUGCCAGGCUAAGAGUCUUGAGUCUGCUUUCUGCUCGCUUGUCACUGGUUUCAGUAACAACAAUACAGUGCUGUCCAUUGGCUUGCACUAUACUGCACUUAAUUAAAUUAAGCAAAUAAAGCAAUACAAUGAUUAAUAUAUAAUCAUACAUUCUGAAUGCAUCUGUUUUUAGCUUUAUCUAUUAUUAAUGUUUAGUUUAUAUUGCAUAUUGACCUCAAAAAGGUUUGAAACAGUUAAUAAACAUUUAUGGAAUAUAAAUAACUAAGCAUUUAUGAAUACUUGUAAUUUGGCUGAUGCAAAAGCCACACCUGUGUAUAAGCCAAAAUAAUACAUUUUAUAUUCAAAGUACAUCUGUUCAAUGUAUAGUUUUUUUUAAGCAUGCCAAAGUGAAAUAUGAACCCUUUGUUGCAUACAAUUUAGACUGCACUGUUGAAUCACUGUUGCAUGAUGUACACAAAGAUUAUGAGAGUGUAUGCUACAAAUGGUUAAGAACAAACCAUUUAAAUCAAGCAAGGAAACAAAGUUGAUUUGAAAUAAACCUUUUUUGAAACUUUUUAAUGAAACCAGUUGUUCUUUUUCAUUUGUUAAAUUGUAAACGGUCAUAAUGCCACACACAAUCACAUCAGUAUAUAAGUCACACAGUAGGUUGCCUCUUUCAAAGAAAACUACAAAGAAAAUUGAUUAAUUCUAUUUUUGUUGGUGUUGGUAUUAUACACAGCUAUAUACAGUACACUUAUGUUAUCUGAUAUUUGUAAUUACCAGUUACACAAAGUGCUUUAAGUACAUUUUAGGAUAGAAGUACAGCCAUAACAGAGUUUCUAGCUACUGCCAUGCCUAUUCAUCUCAGAAGCUCUUAUCAUAGAAGCACAGUGGCUGUGAUUCCAAUGUGCACUUUCAGAGCUGUGGCUGUUACAGAGCAAACAAUGUCACUUUAGAUGAGGUAUGAAUUUGUAUGUAUAUCA